UCAGAACUAUUUUGCAUCCAUCUUGGAUUUUAUUUUCUCUGUCAGCAGGCAGAGAGGAAGAAAAUCGUGCAAAAAUUGAGAAAGAAAUGCGAUUGUGCGUGUGAUUUAGUGGAAAAUUCAGUGUGAAAAAUGCAGUAUGGGCGAUCAAUUUGGCCAUCGACGGGAAGUUGAAUCGGUGGAUGAGAAAGGAAGUGAUGCAUCUGCGGAGAGUGGCGAGAAUUUAUUGAGUGUAACAUACGAAAAGAUAGACUUUAUUGUGUUGCCCAUAUCGAUAAUUGUGGGCACUUUUCUCGGUGUUCUACUGGUAAUCUCUGUCCUCCUGCUCAUCCUACGGUGGUACUGGAACUGGGGAACAAAGUACACCAAGCUCACCUCAACAGUAAUGGAUACCCAGACCAAAAAUAGUGCUGAUGUAAACAACACGGAAAGUAGGACACCAGUUACAGCCGCCUCACCAUCACCCACCUCCUCGGCCUCCUCUACAACUUCUACUUCCUCCACCAUCCUCCUGUCCUUCCCGCCACCUCUUGCUGCUGUUACGGUGACUAAGACUGUUAUCCCUACACCACAACCCGCAACACCAACUGCCCUCACGGUACAAUCCCCCAAAUUGACACCAGAAACUACGCCACCACCACAAAGUCCUCGGAACGAUUGGCUGCACAGUCUUCAGGCAGAGUUGCAACAUGUUCAGCCUCGAAGGCAGGGUAGCCCAUCGGAAAAUAAGGAAAAUACAGCCCCAAAUUCACCUCUAGUGGCAUCGGCCAAUUACAAGCACGGCAAUUAUUUUCGCUUUCCUGAAGUAGAUGUGUGGUCACCUGGAGCCAAAGUCACAGCUACACCAAGUACCCAGAACUCUCCGGAGGUCGUAACGACGCCUCGGGACACUCUCACUGUCAUCCAUGGAAGUCUCAUUUCGCCUUCAGACGCCGAGACGGCCCGGAAUUCACCAACGGCACGCCGGGCACGUCUUAAAUCCAUUUCCCUGGACUCGGAGAGUGCACGAGUUGUCGAAGAGAAUCUCAAUGUGGCCAUGGAGGAAUUGGACCUGGAUACCGUGCAAUCACCUUCAUGCUCCAAACGCAACAAGCAACAACUCAAGAUUGACAUUGACUGCGAUAAUCUUGCGGAUAUGGAAGUUCGACAGCCGCCCACACCCAAAACACCCACCCUCACACAGACCCGCCAGAAAGCCGUCUCGCUGGACUCUGAGCCCCCGGGGGGCGUAUGCAAGAGUAAAUCGCAGGCUUCCGUAUCGGCCAGCACAACAGCAUCAGCAUCGGUUCCCACCACGCCCAAGAGGCAACAACAGACCAUGAGUAUCCAUCAGCCUCAGAGGGGUAAAUCUCGUAGCACUUCUGAUCACUUGGGUUCGAAUCUUCAGCGCCUCAAGAGUGUCACUCUGAGUGUGUCCAAUAAUAAUCUCAAGACUCUGCCUGAAGUUAUGCCACUCAGUGAUUUUGGGGGCACCCCACAGCAGCCACCAAGUCAACCGCCAGCCAAAAUACGAUCGAGUCUACUACAGCGCCGUGGCUCCAAUCACAGUCUCACACUCAAUUUGGCCGGUUCUGUGGGUGAUCUGGCAUCUAAUACGAGUCUCACGGGCUCCAUGACCACAAAUGCCCAAAACACUGGAGGCGGCAAGAAGGGUCUUCUGCAGCGUCGCGGGAGUAAUGCCAGUCUCACCCUUACCAUUCAGUGCUCUGACUCUGGACUGAGUCGCUUCAACAGCCAUGGAUCUCUCAAUGCUGCCUCACAGUCCCGGAAGGGUCUUCUGAGUGUGUCAAAUACCAGUUUGCGAGGUUCUGCCUGCAGUCUAGCACGCCUGAAGGGGACUUCGGGUGCGGGAGAACUCAGUGUAGUUGGUAGCACGGGUACACACCACCGGAAAUUCCUUAGUUCUGAGAAUCUUCUGCAGCGACCAACUCACCAAACUGAAAGCCUUGAAUUGGAUGUAGAUGAGACUACUGGUAACCUAGAAGAUGAAGAUCUACAAGGUGGUGAUGAAUGUGUGAUACGUCAGAUCACUACAAAACCCCUCAGUCCACAGUCAACGUCAGAGGACUUCAAAAUCUACCUGGCCAACAUUCAGUUUCUUCAGAAUGCAUCCAAUGUACUUCAUAUGGAUGACAUUCGGGAAUUUGAUUUUUGCUUUGAGGAGCUAGAAGACACUCGAGCAGAUCGUGAUGAGUGUCUGAUGAAGCAACGCCGAAAAAUCCGACAGAUUCAUCAGGAAUUCUGGGAUUUGCCCACGAAUCAUCAAGAGAAGCCAAUGGUCUUUGGGUCACAGCACAAAAAUCGCUACAAGACUAUCCUGCCGAAUGAACAUUCACGUGUCAUCCUGCAGCCAGAGGAUCCAGAAAUACUCCAGGAACCUUACAUCAAUGCCAACUACAUAAAGGGACCAGAUGGUACGCAUAAUGCGUAUAUCGCCACACAAGGACCCAUGCCCAACACAAUCUACGAGUUCUGGUUGAUGGUGAUGCAGAAUGUUCGCAGAUGCGGUGAAGAGUGUAGGAGCGAUCAAAAGAUCGCCAUGCUGACGGAAUUUGUUGAAAGUGGAAGAACUAAGUGCGCAGUGUAUUUUCCCACUGAAGUGAAUCAAGUGUUGGUAUUUGCUAAUGGGGCUGAUGAUGUCUUAUCAGCACAUGCUCCCCCAUCGAAUGCCAGCACAGAUGAUAUACAAAUCGGUGGGGAUUCGAUGUGGCUCAAAGCAUGCUUAGAUAUGCUGGGGGAUGAUGAGGAAAAGAAUGAUGAUAGGGAUAGAUGCGUGCAUAAGUAUGCAUUCGUGAUAGAGAAUACUGGGGUGACCCAGAAGAAGGGCUAUUCCGUACGGCAACUCUGUGUUCGACAUUUUGACCAUGAUGGGAAACCCUUUAUGUUUAAUGUGCUCCAUUACUGGUUCCCCGAUUGGCCUGAUCAUAGGUCACCGGAGGAUUUGGGUGUUGUACUUGAUUUCGCUCUCGAACUUCUGGGUGGUGAAUCUAGCAUUCAGGAGACGACGACGAAUCAGAUACCAUUGCCAGUGCUUCAUUGUUCAGCUGGAAUCGGUCGAACGGGCUGCAUGGCGGGGAUCUUGAAUGCGGUGAGACAAAUCGACUCAACACCCAUAAAUCCCAGUGUGGACAUCUUGGGCAUUGUGUGCAAUUUGAGACUGCAACGUGGCGGAAUGGUGCAGAAUUCCGAACAGUAUGAAUUAAUUUAUAGAGUUGUGUGUCUCUAUCAGAAACGAAAGGAUUCCAUGACUCAUUCCCCACCGCAGCAGUUACCCUUCCUCCUGUGUAACACACUCGAUUUUUAAAAGAAAAUGGCACUAUUAAAAAUCAAAGCAGAUUCUCACUGGUGCGUAUGAUGUAAUAAUGAGAAAGAUCAAAUUGAUGGUUUUAUUUCAAAUUUUUUUUUUAUAACAAACAUCCUAUAAUCUUGCCAAACCACAAUACAAAGGAGAAUCACUGAAAGAUUUUAAAAUGAGUAAUUUAAUUUCUGGACAUUAAUUUAUUUUUAAAUCAUUCCAUUCAAUUAUAAUAUUUUCAAACCCGUUAAAUUUUUAUAGUAUUUCGACAUUAUUAUUUUUUUUUUUGAUCAAAUAAUCACUCAUAUUCAUUAUGACAUGUGUACUGAAAAAUAGACAAAGUUUAAAAGUUCUUCUCUUGCCUUAAAUUUAAUUUAUAAAUUUUACUUCCAAAAUAGUGGGUAGAUUAAGGGACAGUUUUGAAAAGAUUUUCUUCUACAAAAUCUUAAAAUUUCCUGAACAAUAUUUUAAAAAUUUUUCCUUUCCCAGAGCCUUUGAGGCCUCUACUAAUUACGACAAAUUUUCGUCAAAAAAUGGCGUUUUUUUUUUUUAGAAAAUUACAGAAGUUAAAAACUGUUAAUUUUUAACCUUAAUUGCUUCCAACAUUAUAGUGAUCUUUACACAUUGAGAUAAUGUUUGUGAAGAAUGAGCAUUUUGACGCGAUUUUACGUUUACUUGUACAAACGAUUUAUUUCAAAAGAGUAUAUUUUGACAAAAAUUGGUCACAAUGUAAAGAGGCCCUUCGAAAUGGCCAAAAUGUAACAAAAUGGAUUUUUUAAUACCCUGCCAUGAGACGUGAGAUCAUCGCAGUAUUAGAAGAAAUUUACCCCUAUACUCUUUUGGCGUAGACUACACUGAGAAAAAAAAAGAGCGUGCGAUUAACUUUUUUUCCUCUUAACUUCAACACUUUUUAGGUGUAAAAAUAUAUCAACAUUUUUUAAAGUUAAUUUUACACCUUUUUAAGGGUAAAAUUAACAUGAAAAGGGUAUCUUUAACCCCUAAUACACCUAAAACGGGUAAUAUUUACACCGAUUUCGGAUCAAUAAUGCAAGUUAAAAUUAACAUUUCCGGAAUGUUAUUUUAACUUUUUCGGAUUUCUCUCAGUGUACUUUCCUCUAUCUUGAACAGAAAACAGAAAUGCAUCUUGUUAUAGAAAUGCAAAGCAAAAAGCCUUUUUUUUUACAAAAAACAGUCGUUGGAAAAUGACCUUAACCCUCUUGCGGUGUGUUUUUUUAAUAUGCGAAAAAAAAUAAUGAGACAAUGUUUUCUAGAAAAAUUAUGACCCAAUAAACACAAAAACCAUCCGCGUGAAAACAAUCCAAAUAAAAAGACAUAAAAAAUUUUUCAAUCUAAUUUUGUUUUUAAAACUGACACUUAAAUAUUUACACAUAAAAGCCUAGAUCAGCCUUUAGAGGUGCGAUUCCUUUAUUGCAAAUUUGGAUUGUGGCAAACUCGAACGAUAUUUAUACAUAAAUAAUGCAAAUUUCGUUUAAUAAUUCUUAAACUGUAUGUAACAUAUUAUCGUUAUUAAUGAGGAAAAUUGGAUGAGAAAUGCAUAAAAGUAUCUGAAAAUCUUUAAAGUCGAUUAUCUCGGAAACUAUGAGAAAUAGAGGCUUCAACUUUACAUUCAUUGAGAACCCCUGUCAGCGACCCGAGAAAAUCGCGCCCCGCAAAAAUCAGGGAAAAACUUCGCGCCCCGCGAAAAUCAGCGAAACAAUUCGCGCCCCGCGAAAAUUUGCGGAAAAAUACGCGCACCUCGAAAAUCCGCGAAAAAAUCGCGCCCCGUGAAAAUUAGCGAAACAAUUCGCGCCCCGCGAUUGCGAAAAAAUACACGACCCGUAAAACUCCGCGAAAAAAUUCGCGCCCAGCGAAAAUCCGCGAAAAAAUUCGCGCCCCGCGAAAAUCCGCGAAAAGAUUCGCGCCUCGCGAAGAUCCGCAAAAGACAUCGCGGAUCAUGAAUUAUAUAUGCUACCUUAUAAAUCUUCGAUUAUAGACUCACUAUGUAGAGAGGGAGAGUGAGUGAAAGGGAGAGUGAGAGAGUGCUAUAUAUGGGGAAAUCUUGUCCGACGCCGCUUCUCCCGCUCUUUUCCCGGCUAACGCUAAUAGCAAAUUUUCUUAAAAUUGAAAUCUUUAAAGUGAAAUAUCUCGAGAACCGUUCGACGAAUGUCUUAAUUUUUUUUUUAAAUAGGUCAAAAUUUUCUGGACUACAACAUAAAUAUAAAAAAUUCAAAAUCGCAUACCUAGAUUUCGAGAUAAACUACGAAACGUGAUUUUAACCGGUUUAGAAUCGGUUUUUCUUUGAAGUUAAAUUUUUUUCAGUGUUCUUAAUUACAGUUUUACUGAAAUGAUUUUCUGAAAGGUUUAUUUGAACUUAUUUUGACCCUUAUCAUUUCGUUGCUGUCGUCAGUUUUGCGGAAGUCAGAGAAAAAAUAGUACAAAAUUUUUGUUCAACAUUUCCCAUUUACAAAAUAAAAAUACCUGUGUAAAGUAAUUCGACUGAAGUAAAUUGUUCGUUACCGAAAGCUAUGUCAUUUGACUUUGUAUGCUUUUCCUUAAAUUAAAUUUUGAGUUUUGAAAGCAAAAAUAGAUUUUGGAAAUUAUUAUAUUUUCUUACACGGAAUCUAAUUCUAUAUUAAAAGAGAUAAAAAAAAGAAUGUACGCUAAUUUUGAGUUCAUUGGAUCAUAGUUAAACCAGAAAAAAAUAUCUAUUUUUUUCUGCACAUUAAAAAGUUGGGCUUUAGAGGGUUAACUCUUUCGAGGCCACAACAUGUGCAGCAAGAUAAUUUCAUGAUUUUUUGAUUAAAAAUAUUAGCUCAGAAAUUAGUCGAAAUCCUGAGAAAUAUUCUAAAUUUGGACAUCGCCAUAGUUUGUAAUCUUUCAAAAGAAUUAGGUUUUUAUCGGUUUAAAUAAUUAAAAAACUGUUUUUCCCAGAACAUCCAUAUUUUCCCCUGAAUACCCAUCAGAAUUUAAAAAAAAAUGAGUAAGAUUUCAGAAGAUUUAUGGUAAAAUUUUAAAACCUGAACCUACCUACCUUGGGAGACUGCAUUUGGAAAUUUUUGGCUUGGCAUGUUUUAUCUUUGUAAAUUAGGCUGCCCUACAUGAAACAACUAGUAAAAAGCUAUAUUGGAGAAUAGCUACAACGCCAAGUUCAAGUUCAUUUUGCAGAAAAGAUUUAUUUUUAAAGAAAAUACAAUUUUUUUUGGGGAAAAAUAUGUUCUCUAAAUUUGGACAAAAGUCGUAAAAUUUGUGAACUUUGUAGUCGCGAUAUUCUCAAUCUAAACUAAUUGAAAUUCAUACACUGAGAAAAAAAAAGGGUGCGAUUAACUUUUUUCCUCAUAACUUAAACACUUUUUAGGUGUAAAAAUAUAUCAACAUUUUUAAUGUUAAUUUUACACCUUUAAAAGGGUAAAAUUAACAUGAAAAAGGUUAACUUUAACCCCCAAUACACCUAAAAAGGGUAAUAUUUACACCGAUUUCAGAUCAAUACUGCAGGGUAAAAUUAACAUUUCCGGAAUGUUAUUUUAACUUUUUCGGAUUUCUCUCAGUGUAGUAUAUUCUCUCACCAUGUAUAGUUAAAGCUUUGAUAUAUCUUGUCAGUUUUCAGACCGUAUAUGUUAUGCUUCAAGAAAAAUAAUAAUACAAAAAAGUUCUAAUUUCCAAAAUUGUAAAAUUUCAAAUUCAUUAACGUCUCGAAAGCUUUUCGAUAUUAAAAAAUACUUCAUUUAGAAAAUCAGCGUCUUUCAAUGACUUUAAUCGUACGUAUGUUUUCGAAAAUACGACAUUUUUUAUACUUAAGCAAACCAUCAAUUUGACGAAUUAUAUGGUCUCUCUAGCAUUCAAUUGAACAUCCCAAAAAAGAAUUGAAAUAUACUCUCAUAAAAAAUAUUCAUGUCAAGUCAUAACUUUUGAAAAAGAUUUUUGAAAUAAUCACAAUUGAAGUAAAAAAAAUAACAAGAAAUACUUGUGUGUAUGUUUGAGUGUUGAAAGAUGUUUCAAUGUAUGAAUGUUUCAUCAAUUUUCGUGACAAAGAAGAAAUAAGCAUCAACAAAUAUAUAAAUAGAAAGAAAAUUCAUUAUGAAAUCACAUCUAAUUGUAAUAAAUGUAAAAUGAAGAUAAAAAUGUAAUUAAUUUAAUUAAAUAUUGGAAUUUAUUUGCAUUCGACGUUAGAGUCUAUAUAAAUUGAAUUUAAUUUAAUUAAUGAAACAACAACAUUUACUAUACAAAUACUUAAAGAGUGUAAUUUGAAAUUCCAACUGGAAUAAAAUGAUUAAGGUCAAAGGACAGCUACAAGAAAUAACACUUUUUUGUAAAAUUUCAUCCAGGAAUACGCUUUUACUUGAGAGAGAAAAAAAGGAAAGCUUUCUUUCAAAUAUCGCUUUAUAUGUGAAUUAUGAGAUGUAUUUGUUUAAUUUAUGUAAAAAUAUAUAUUUUAAGAGAGUUGGAA